CCCGAGUGUCCCGUGUAGCGCGUGUGCACUCCUGAGUGUGCUCAGAUCGCUUCCCCGCUGAUAUCGUUCGACUCAAUCAACAUGCAGCUCGUUUUGGCCACCUGCUUUUUGCUGUUCGCAGCCACCCUCGGUCCCGCGGCUGCUCAAAGGAUAACAACUAUACAACUGGAUGGCGUGCAGUACUUUAUCUCAAGGAUGAACCCAUACAGCCCGGAACUCAACUAUUUCCUCGCUUACCAGUACUGCAGAUCAUUAGGCUUGCAGCUUGCGUCUUUUGAAACAAAGGAAAAGGCUGACUCCAUAACGACAUACCUGACGAAUGCUGGGUACAAUAAAUACGACUUCUGGACAUCAGGAAACAAUUUAGGCACGGAUAUGUAUCUGUGGAUGAGCACAGGACUGCCGUUUAACGCCACUUUCAACUACAUGCGAAGGCUACCAAUGGACGCGCCCAGCCAGCACACGGACGACAGUAUUGACCCUCUAGAUGUACCGCAGGGCAGCACCGCGCCCCAACGCACCGCUAGACACGGAACGGAGCACGUGAUGACGAACGGCUGCGUGUCUCUAAAGGCGCCUACUUUCCACUGGGAGCCACAGCACUGCGGCGAGAUUAAGGACUUCAUCUGCGAACAGACGCGCUGCUACUACUACAACUACGGCUCCAUCCCCGUGUCUUCCGCGCAGGGGAAGCCGCUGUCGAUGACGACGACGACGACCGCCCACCCCCUGACGUCGUCGUCGCCGCCGCCGCCGCGCUCCGAACACCUGCCGACACACUUCACCCUCAACGACCUCAUCGGCAAACUGCGACCCACCUCUCUCGACGGCUUGCAGUCGCCACACAUUAAGAAGCUCGGCAUUCUGCCGUCGUCUCCUCAAAUCGACUCGCACUACUCGCGUGCGUCCGACGCGCAUGCGCUUGACCACGAUCAUGAUCAGGAACAGAAGGAGGGGGUGACGCAGGGCCCUUACGACGACGACGAGGGUAUGGCGGGUGACGACCCGGCCGCAUACCUGAGCCACGAGGCGCACGCGUCGGUGGACGAUGCUCCAUCCACCGCCGAGCCGGAUGCGACUGAGCACUCCGUCCACGCCAGCGGCAUGCUGGCACCCCCCGCCUAUUAGCGUCCGGCCGAGCGGUCCACUUUUAUUUUUUCGUGACAAUUAGGUAAUGAGUCUACCAAAAGUAUUAUUUCAAUAAUUUGAGGCAUUUAUACGUACAUAUAUUAAGAUGUUUUACUUUAGACGCUUGCGUGUUGAGGGUGUACUGUACGCCUUGUUGUAUUGAUAUCACGUAAUGUAAAUGAGAUUUCUAGUAUCGUAAUAUUUUCCAGCUUAUACAUGAAUGAUUAUGGGGAUUUCGAAGGUAUAUUAUGGGGCAAUAUGAUUUAUUAAACUAGGUUGAAGGUGCUGGCGACUCGCCUGCGUGCGACUUGCCUCCGUCUUCGUAAUGUCGAAUAUCACAAAAUGAGUAUUCCACGUAUAGGUACCUACACUUCGCUAAGGUUAAUAACGUAGAAGCAUCAGAUCUCCGUUAUUUUUGAUGAUAAACCGUAAAAUGUAUUAAUUUAAUGUAAGAAAAUUAAGUGAAUAUUGAUUGUCUGGACAUAUCAUUUGAAAUACAUAGUGGUAUAAGAUAGUGUUUAUAUACGUGACGUACCUAGUUAAGUAUAUUAAGUUGAAACUCAAGAAUUUAAAGAAUAGUGAUGUAGCGAGG